UAGACAAGCACAGCACAGGCGCAUGCAAACAUGGCUGAGGAGAUACAUAUCGUUCAUUCCCCGGAUUCAGACACUGGUCCAGAGCACGGGAUGAACAUACAUAAGCGUCAAGCGCGCGUUACAGUAAAAUACAACCGCAAACAGCUUCAGAAAAGACUGGACGUGGAGAAAUGGAUCGAUGAGGGGCUUGAGAGGCUGUACGAGGGCAAGGACAUGCCAGAGGAAGUGAACAUAGAUGAUUUGUUGGAUCUCUCAAGUGAUGAAGAGCGAACACACAAACUACAGGUUCUUCUGCAAACCUGCACUAGGAACACUGAGGCCUUUAUUGCUGAGCUGUUGCAGAAGCUGCAUGGUCUCCACAAACAGGAAGAGUUGCAGAAUGAAGGAAUUGAGCAUCCCUGUCUCCACACGUACCCUCAUCACCAUGGCAACAUCCAUCAUCACAGAGGCAACCAUCAACAUCCAACACAUCAGACACUGUGAUUGUAUCUGUUCUGGAUUAUUGCGGUCACUGGACUGAGCUCCCUAACACACUCAGGACACACAUGCAACGUGCAGUAUCCAACUAGUUUAGCAACUCGGUAACUGUAAGGUGUUUGUUUACAAACUCAUAAGAGUGGUACAUUUAAUUGCUCAGUUGUCAAAUUGCCAUCACACUUGGUAUGGUAAAUAUUUGCCGUAGCAAUAAUUUGUUUGCAGGGUUCUUUUUUGCUUGUUGACCGGGUUAUGUUUGAACUAGCAGUAUGCAAGUUUACUUGCAUUUAAAGCUUAAUCUGGUGACAAAUGCAAAUUCACAAUAAUAUACUAACAUGUUAACAAUCACAGGAAAGUAUGUCGUUGGACAUACUAAUUAAGUUUAAUAGUGUUUAUGAUUUCAUAAAAUAAAAGUUUAAUAAAAGUAACAAUUAUUUGAA